UCUCAUUAGACUCACAGACGAAUACUAAUGUUUUACAAAGUUGAAAAAGGACAAUCUCUCUAGGCAGAUUCCUAGACAGAGGUCUCGGUCCGCGAGGUUGCUUCUUUGUCUCGAUCGGUCACACGAUUCUACGCAAUGUUUGUGGGAUCGGCGCUGGCGAACUCGCAGGCGCGAGACCCGGUUGCGACAACAGACUGGGAAGCAGCGGCAAAAUUUUACUCUGCCGUUCGUCAGAAUGUUGUUCAAACUUCCUCAGAAAACGGCAGCAACGAGGACGCUUUGGCGCCAAAUGCAAAGAACGCGCCGAACGUGGGGUUGAAGCAUGAGGAGGGCAACCACACUGUCGGCGCACAGAAUGCCUGCUUUCCUCUCAGAGAAAAAAGAAGAAAAUCCUCCUCUGAUGGAUCGUACGUCUCCUCCGCUGGAGCAGACGUAGGCGUGAAGUCAGCUGCAGGACCGACAGACACAGAAUGCGCCGCGAACGCGGGUGACAGACACGCUCCAACAGGGGAAGAAGAGUCUGCACGCGGAGUCCAAAGCCAUGAACAUGACGAAGAUAUGAUCAGCGCUCUGCUUAAACGGGUCGAUCAGCAUCCGCAUGACUACGAAGCCUCUCAGCAACUCGUCACGGCCCUCUCCCACACGGACAGGCUCGAUGACUACGAAUCGGCUCUGGAGCGAAUUCUGUCUGAGUUUCCUCUAUUGUUUGGUUAUUGGAAAAAACUGGGCAAAUUCCACAUCGAGAAAAGAAGGAGCUGGCCCGAUGCAGAGCGCGUCUUGGAACGCGCUUGUGAAUUUGUUGGCCACAAUCCAAUGAUCUGGGUCGCGUAUCUGGAGUGGAUGAAAGAAGCAUGCAGUCUCACCAAAGAAGCGACGCGCGUGACUAUGGACAAAGCUGUGGAUGCCGCGGGACUGCACUGGAAGGCGUGGCCGAUGUGGCAAGCGGUUCUGGACUUUGACGAGAACGAGUACAAAGAAGCGUGUGGACGCCUGGCUCUGAGCGUCCAGCAACAACCUGGUGACGGGGAGCCUCAAGAAGAGCCGAACGAUCCCGCGGAAAUCCUGAGGAGAGAAGAGCUGAAAAUGCAUGCAACCCGGCGCAGAGAGAAUGCUAUUCAGCGCCUUCGUCUCGUAUACCACAGAUUGCACUCCACCCCUUUAGAGUCCUUGGACCUCGCAUGGGAGCGAUUCAAGUCUUUGCUUGGGAAAGACGAGACAUCGUCGGCGAGCGGAAAAUCAAACGCUGGUCUGCUGGAUGCAGGAUUGGUCGACGAAGAAGCCUGCAAGUCGCUUGAAAUCACCGACCUUCUCACCGAUGGAGAAAUGCGGCAGUUGUAUCUGUAUCUUGUUGAACAGAAGCACUUGACCUCGGGGAAAUGCGUGGACGCGGAAACUUCGGCUACUCAAAACGCACAAGAACAACAGAAAGUGGAGACGAUGGACCGCGAGCAAAUUAAAAACGCAAUGGCUUCGUUCACAAGUCAGCACGCAGUCGACGAGGCGGGGUGGGCGGUACGCGAGAAACUCUUUGCAGAAACUGCGCUUCAAGCGGCUGCCCGUCAGGUUUUUGAGAAAGGGGUGCACAGGUGGUUCUGGCACCCAGACCCGUUGACGCCUCAACGUCUGCAAGCUUGGAGAGAUUAUCUCGACUUUGAAGACCAACAUGGGACUCCAGAGAGAAGGGCCAUGCUCCGUGAGAGAUGCUUGGAGGUCUGCGCAUCUUACCUGGAAUUUUGGCAACGCUUUGCACAGCAACUCAUUCGGGAGAACAAACCCGAGAAAGCGCUAAAACUCCUCCACAGAGGUGCUUACACGGUUAUGAAGAGAAGGCGAGACAUUGCAUUCGCGUACGCAAUGACAGCGGAACGCCUGGAAAAAUUCGAAGAAGCGACACAGGCGUACAAUCGACUGCUGGAGCCUCCGCUUUCUCCGGUCUACUUGAAAUACUAUAUGGGGUGGAUCAGCUUUCAGCGGCGCAGAGGCGAAAUUGAUCGUGUCUUGCAGCUCUACGACGAAGGCCUGGUCCGCUUCGGUGGCCAGGAGCAAUGCUGUGAACUGUUGUACCUGCAGAAGGCCAAUUUCAUUCUAUACGUCCAAGGCAAUGUCAGUCAAAGUGUGAACUGCUUAAGUAAAGCCCUAACCGCGCUGCCCAAGAGCGUUUGCCUUCUUCAGUUGUUCAUUCGUUUUCUCCAGAUCAAGCACAAGGGCGACCCAGAAAAAAUGUUUUCCUCUGCAAGUCCGUACUUCACCGAGGCCCUGAAAAAUGCUGAAAUGACCGCGUGGAACAAGUGGCAAGUCUGGAAGAUGUACGUCAGGUUCCUAGAAGCGUACGCUCCCACUGUCGCGCAGAUCCAGGAUGCAAAGGCAGAAGCUUUUGCUUUUCUUCGCGCCAAUCGAACCGACUUUGUCCACCUCGCGCCCAAGGCUUUCCGUUUGCGGAUUCCCGAGGAUCUGCGGGUUGAAACGGAAUGUCCGAGCGAGGAAAGUGCGUUUUAUUCUGCAACAUCGGGUCUGCCGUAUGCGGAGAACGCUGCAGCACCGUGGCUAGGCCAAACUACGUACCCUUUGGAAUACAAUGAGACACCAAUUACAAUCGCCGACCUGGUUCUCGAUUCUUCGUCCUCUGCUCCUUGUUCCUCCUCUUCAUCUCCCUCCUCUUCCUCUUCUUCAUCUGCAUCUUCUUCCUCCUCUUCCUCGUCUGUCUCUUCGCCUUCUUUUCCUCCCUCCCGCAGCUUUCCUUGCGAAGUUUCUGGGCAUCCCAAUCUCUUCAGUUCUUUUCUCCGUUGUCUCUCUCAAGAGUUCGUCGACCUCAUUUCGGCACUUGUGGAAGAUUACGCCUGGAUCCCUUUCGAAGUUGACUUUCCCCUGCUUGGCUUGGACUCCGAAAAACUCGAGUUUCUCUCUAGUAUGGAGUACCUCUCCUCGUCCUGGGGGAGACUCGCAUGCUCUCCUGAGGCCUUGAGACGGCUGAUUCACGAGCCGACCGGCAAGCUGUCUCUCUCCUUCGGUCUCCAGAACGAAAUGGUGGCUUGUCCCCCCCCGGAAGUUUCUGUUUCACGCGUUCGCGACGAACCGGAAGAUCUGGGCCAGUGUCCUUCCGUUGGGGCUUCCACAGAUCCGGCAGCGGCCGAUACAUGUCCGAAAUAUCAUCGUAGCGGCCACGGAGAGACUGCGCAACUUUGCUUGGUCUGUGAUCAAAAGGGAAAUCGUGAGACGCUCACGGGAGCACGACCUGCAUUUCACACAGAAAAAAAGACAAGCCAGCCCCCGGGGGUGUUUGUCUCGCCUAAGCAGUGCUAUGAAGGAGGUUAUUCAACUGAAAAGCAGUCUCCAGACACAGCAGCAGAACCGGUGUUCUAUUCUCCAACUCGCUGGCCGUCGCCGACUCCUCCGUGUAUAGCGAGUUCUGCGGAUGAUAUCUGCAAAACAGACUGCGCAGAACGGGACACUCCACACCGAAAAAUCGCAAAAAAGGGAGAAACAGAAACAGUUCUAGGAGAACCAAAGACACCGAGCAACGGCCACAGGCUUAGCUCGUGGCAAAACCCACCACGUGUCCAACAGCGCAUGUCGGGCGCAGUGACAGCGCUAGAAUACCUCCCAAGAGAAGAGCCUCAAGAUAACAGAGGAAAUGGCAGGGCCUCAACGGAGCGCCAAAUUGAAUCUCGAAGGAUCCAUGCAGGGACUGACAGGUGCAAUUCACUUCCUGACCCCUCGCACGCAGGAAAAUCCGACGAAUGUGCAGCCCAAGAGUCGAGUGCUAGUGAGGAUCGUCCUGAAGAACGUUACAACGCUUUUUUUACUGAGGUGGGUGAACCGGGAGACUUCGCAGAUGACGGCAACGGGGACAGGGGAAAGGAAGCGAACAGUCAUUUUGCAGCUGUUGCUUCAAGCGAAGGAGCAGCGACGAGAGUGGAGAACGAGACAGACCGCACGGAUGGCGUUGAACCUCCAGAAUGUGAGAACGGAGGUGGUCAGCAAACUGAAGGGAGUUCGGGAGACUCUGAAGAGAGACAGCGCGAAUCCGCAGCUCUUUGCGUGACUGAGCGCCCAAAGACGAUUCCUGUCAGUGCUCUAUUCGAUAUCCAUGUGGCCGAAUUCUGCCGAGGAUAUCGGCACGCAGGAGCCUUUGGCUACCAUAACUUUAAAAAGGCGUCAGAAGAAAGUUUCAGUUUCUGGGAAGAAUUCGUUAAGGAAAAGGGGCGACAGCGGGUCUGGUCCGAUUCAGAAGAAUCUGUAAAUGAUCGUGGUGUCUCACCUCACCUGCCUCACUCUGCCAAAAGCAAAACCGCUGAAAGUGCCAGUGAAACGGUGUACCACCGCACAUUUGAUCAGUGCGGAGUAACUGCCACCCACUCCCUGACCGGCAGUUACACCCAGCCCGUUAGUGGCAAUAAAACGAGAAGCCGCAGGAGCGGGAAUUCCGGUGUUGGGAGACCUCGCCCUGCAGUUUCUUCGGCGCCUAAUGAAGUUUGUCCCCCAAUUUCCAUGUGUCUGCGUAAGAGUGCCACGGCAUUUGAAGGGAGAAGCUCUUUGGACACGCACGCGCGAAAGGAAAAGAAAAACUGGAGAUACCGCUGUGGAGGCAUACCGGGUCUGCAAGCCUUGGGUGCAACUUGGGAAGAGUACACUGCUAGCAGGCAGUGGAUGUUUCGCUUCUGCUCGUCUCUGGGACUGCCAGAAGAACUGGUGUACAUCUCUGUUCAACUGAUGCACUUUCUCCUGGAGAAGUGGGCGGACUGGCAACCGUCGCCGCGCGUCAUUCUUCCCCAGUUCCUGGCUAAACAUGAAACCCCGAUUCUUCCAAGAGAUACUCACCAAGGAUACCCGCACCGUGACCACCUGUGUUCUACAAAUACGUCGUGCACUGGCUCUGUCGAUGAUACGUCUGGCAGCAGUUCUCAUUCCAGUUGUUUCGCUUCGUCGUUAACGUCUUCAAGGGACAAGGAAAGGAUGGUUCUACGGCUUCUCUGGGGUGUCUCUCCAGCUGAACAGGAAAACUCCGAGAACGGUGACUCUCCCAGGCUGCCAGCCAGCAGUCAGAAAACGCCGAGUUCUCGAGAAACAAGAACUGACAGUGGUUCCACGGCUUUGCGGUCAAGUGGAUGUGUGUUGAAGGCGAGUGAAAGAAUGAAAACAGAGCAUGACAUGCAAUUUCCGUAUCCCUUGUCUCCUCUCAUUCGUCUAGCGUGUGUUUGCAUUGCGAUUGCCUACAAACAACUCGAGAUCGUACCCCAUCUGGACUGCGCAGGUGUCGUGGUUCAAGCCAUCGUGUUUACGGAAACCGAGGAGAUCGAAGCAAGGAAAGAACGAGAAAACGCCGCAGACAUGUCCCUUUACUUCCCAAAAGGAGAGGAGGGAUAUGAGGCGUUCACACGAGUAACGCAAGGACAAGGCGAUGGUUAUCGACUUCGGGAUUUACACGAAUCACCAGAAGAUGACUUGGCCAUGCUGUCACGAUGUCAGGAAACGAACGCGGAUGAUAAAAAAGCCCAUCGCAUUUCAGAGAGACUCGCAAGAAACGAUUCCUGUUUGUCUUUUCACAUGCACCAUCCCGUCAGCGAAGCUUUUUACGAAGAAUGCGACACCCCCAGUUUCGCCUCUGUCUCUCACACUCAAAAAAACGAUAUGCGCGGCUGUUUUCGGCGUUCAAUACUUGCACACCCUGUAGAUCUGUCGGCCGGUUGCUGUGCAUGCUGCCAGUACCAGACAGAGAGUUUCUUCUCCGAGGAAGACAGCACUCCGUCGUCCUCUCCUUGUUCCCUCUCUCGCUUUUCGUCCUCGUCGUCGGUGGGGUCUCCUCGGUCCUCUCUUUCCUCUGCCUCUCAUUCACUCCCCUCCAACGGGACCAAUGUUCCUGAAAAGAGGAGCGACUCUGACGGCUGCGCUACAGAGAAGCCUCAGCAUGGAGCACACGAGACGAGGAAAGGUCUCCCUACUUCCGAGGGGAGACGCCUUUUAGAGAAAUGCCAAACAGGGGCGUUGCCUCGCUUGGAGAAACCUGCGCAGCCCCCUGGCGCCUCCGUCUCCUACCGCCCCUGGCCGCCGACAGGCUGGCUGGAACUGUACGCGUGGAGCUGCAUAGAACAGGACAACCUGCUGACCCACGCGAAUUCCUUUCUUUUCCUUCAGUGGCUCUUGGGUGCUUGCAAGCUGUACCGGAGACGCUACGGUGCUGCUUGGCUUCCGGAGGAGUCUGAGGAUGAGCAGGAGAACGAGGAAGAAACAGAAGCAAAUGCCGCACCAACUGACGACGAAGAACACGCCUUGAGUGAUGAACACGGAAUGGGGACGGAGAAGGCAGGAAGAAAACUUGACACACGGAGCUCAUGCAACGAGGGCGACGCAGAUUUCGUACUUUUCGGUCGCAGCAAAGAAAGGAGCAGCAACGAAGCUGUCCGAAGAAACGAGGAGAAAUCAACAAUUACGACAUUCAGUGAAGAAUCGCCAGCUGCCGCUUCCCAUGGGGAGGACGACGUGCUGUCUCGGUCGUCUGAGGGUGAAGAGCCACAGAAACACAAACUUUUUAACAAGCCUCAAGACAAUAUUCAACCCGUUCAACAGCGCGGCUCUGAAGACGAAUUUCGAAAUCCGGAAACUACAAUAAGCGUCGCUUCCCCGGAAAACGGUUGUUCAACCGCGAACAUCCAGUGCGACAGGUUUCACGAGCACUCAACUGCAAACAAGUCGGUCUCUUCACCUACCCUGCUGCGAUGUUCGUCGCUUUCUGCUUCCGUUUCGUCCUGUCCUUGUCGUCCUUCUUCCCCUCUGUCAGUUGGCACGUUCGCUGAUGGACCGCCUGCUUCCCUUUUGCUUCUGCCUCCCUGUCCGCCCUCCGCCAGUCUACCCGUGUAUCUGCUGCAGCUUUGUCUAUCGUCACCAGACGCCGCGUUUCUCUCCAUUGCGCCCGUCGUCCAAGCGGCUUGCGUUGUUCGCUUCCUCCUUCUGGCUUACCAAUUGGCGGACAAGCACAUGCACCUUUUAAACGCCAUUCUCGGGCCUCGAGUCGCCGCGCGAGUUGCACAGGCGACGAAAAUCAUGAAGCGAGUACUCCUGUCUGCGGUGUAUAGAGACUCGCUGUGGCGGUGGCGCCUGCCUGCGUCUGUGGUGCAUGCUUUGUUGCGAAACAUGGCCGAUCCGACGUGCUGCGAAAGAUGCAUCCGAGCAGGCAGAAAUAGCGGAAAGCGCUUGAGGCAAAGCACAGGGAAGACAGACAGGGAUGGCCGCAAAGGCGGAAGGGAAAAGGACGGCACAAGGCCCGCUUCCUCUCCUUGCUCGUCGGAUUCCCUGCCAAGAAGGGCCGUUGAAGAAAACGGCGAACACUACAUAGGAAAAGAUCAACGAAGAGAGAGAGCCCCUUUCCGUUUCGCUUCCUCGGGGGCAUCUCACGGCGAACGAAAGCGACUGGGCGCGGUGAAAGUUGGCCAGAGGGAAGAAGUGACAAGAAUGGGGAGUGACAUGAGGAGAGAGAUGGAAAUUGAGCAUUUGAAGACGAAACAGGAAGGCACAGCAACUAUUAACAGGAAAAAUUUUUCUGGACGGACGGCGGGAAGAUUUCAAAGACUCGUGAGACGGGAACAUUCGCCAGCGAACUGUUCAGCAAUCUUGAGACAGGAACGAAGGCAGACUAGUUGCGAAACAGGUAUUUCGCCCAUUCGCAACUCAUAUCGUCCUUUUCCGUCGUCUACGUCUUCAGAAACAGAGACAGAUCACAGAAACCAGGAUGACGUACAACCACUAGUAGGACUAACAUCAUCCUCUAUGUCUCAAGCUCCAGCAGAGGCAAAGGGGAGGAAAGAGAAACGCGGAUGGGCUACUCGUGGAACCAACUCGAUGCUGUCGUCCUUUUCAUCUUCUGCUGAUAUCAGAGAGGUAGUCUGGGGGGGCAGGAAAACGAACUUUUCUCCCGAGCGAAGGACAUAUAUUUCGUCCACGUUAUCGUCAUCAUCUGGUGAAGACGAAGAGGAAACCGAGACGCCGUUCCGUCGCGGGCAACGGAGAGCCAGAUGUCCCUCUUUUUCCUCGAUUUCCUCUGCAGACACUGCACAAAUAGAGAAAGGAAAUCGUUUUCAGGGGACGCAGAGCCUAACAAUAUCUCCCCACUGUCGAUGGAGUGUCGCAGCUCUUCUGUGCCCCCACGGGAAGUCGCGCUGGGAUCUCGCCUGCCCAGAGUGUCACUUGUCACCUUCUGCCAGCAUUCACCGACACUUUGCGCAGAAGUCAACGAAAGAGGGUGACGAGAACUCUGAGAAUUUGGAACAGAAACCUGGGAGUGUACGGAUACUAAAAACAAGUUGGGAAGGCUCGCUUAGAACAGAAAUCGGCAAGACAGAAUGGCAAGAAGCCCAGGAGAAAGGCACUAGGGAUUCUGAAACGCUCGGCUGCGCCGAAGGACUAUCUCUUGCCACAAAGACAGGGCUAAAGGCGGGAGAGGAAGUUAGAGGAAGAAAGAGAAGAAUCGAGCGCAUUUCUGGAGAACGUGAUCUGUCUCUACUGCCACCGUGUCCAAGCGAGAGAGACAAACAGGACGGAGGGGGCAAUUGCCUUUUAAAACCACAGACAAAACGACUCCGGAGAUGGGACGUGACAGCAGCACAACUUCUGCAUCACGCAAAGGCGGACGAACAAUGAAAAAUCAAGGAAAGCAAGUUCUGGAGGCUGUGCGGGCAUUCCCAUGGAAUGACGAUCAGAUGGACACCGCUUUGUUCGUCUCCAUUGAUAUGUCCCUAUGCGCAUCAUUCUUCGGAUACGCGUUCUAUUGAGGAACGUGUACGAAACGGACACAAAGAAAGCGAGGGAUGCACGGCUGACAGAUUUCACUGAUUCAAUGCAUAUACAUGCAUAUAUUCACGUGGACCUUGUCCGCUGCGAGUCCAACCCGACGCCACGCACAAACGACAGUCCGCCAUCAGUUGUGAUAGAACCGGUUGAAAUCAAAAAGAAGCAGCAACGCUAAUCGUUUGACCUUGACAGCCUUUGACAAAAGCGUAAAAGACAUCAUUCUGCGUAGAUUUCCGUACGGUGGAAGGCCAAACCUUCCUGCGUCUCGUGGAAUAUAUCUGAUUAGAUUCAUCAACGUGCGCAGUGCUUGGGCAAAUUACAAAAGUGGGUGCAAGAAUACCUUGUCCUACCUUGAAAUGUCGACAUUUUAAGCCUGAUGAACUCGGCUUUUCCUGCAUUUCUCCAUGCGCACAUAUAUGCAUAUUUCAAUGAAUAAUUUCAAUUACCCUCCGUAUCUAGGAACGCGAUUUCCCAGACGCUUCGUGCUGGUCUUGUAUGGGAAAGGCUGCCUCGCAUGGUGUUGAUCCUCCUCCGGCACGUAGAACAGCUUUUCUGUGACUUCCUCCUUUCUUGUCUCGGCAUGUCCCUUCUUUCUUCACUGUUGGGAUGCCAUGAAGAGAGAAGCCUCUUCAGUCACGCAGCUCUUUCCUGUUGUAUCUGAUUUCCAUUCCGAUUGCCAGUUCUUCGUCACAAAUAUGUGCAUGCGCACACCAAUGCGUGUGUGUGUGUGUGUGUGUGUUCUUUGCCAUUUUCAAGCAAAAGUUCCCUGUCUUUGUCUCUUGCUUUUUUCUGUUCUCUGCUCUCUGUCGGUUCCGUGUAGGCCUCUGCGUAUCAGCAAAUGAGUCUUCAACAACCGCCUCAGAACGGGUAUGAGGCAUAUUCUUACUGGGACCCGUCAGCCGCCGGCGUAAUGCAGAACUUCUACUACGGUACUGGCGGCGCCCAGUUUCUCCCCAGUACGGGUGCUGCUUCCUAUUAUGUUACAGCUGCUUCAACAGCCGCUUCUAUUCCGUCUACAACAUCAAGAAACUCAGUGUGAAAAUCAAAGAAAAGGGAUGGGCGCGUACCAGACGUGUACACACCCUUGCCGGGAUGCAGACAGCCUUCUUCUGAAAAGGCAGAAAAAAAGCCAGCAUCUCCCGCUUCGCGUGUGUCACCGUUCGAUGGUCAGGGGAGAAGACGUUGUGAGUAUACUGGGAGGGGAAAAAGGAGAGGGCCAGAGUCAUCACUUCAAAAAGGCACGGCGUGCGUCCUAAGAAGGUUUUCUUCCAAACGUCGUGAAGGCCGUUGCGUGAAUCGACGAAAGAGGAGCAAAGUGGCAGAAAUACGCGGAAAAGCAUCUGGAGAGAAUCAAGGACAUGUGCAUCAACUGAAAGGACGAAGCUUUAAUACCUAUGUGCAAAUGAAUAAAUACAUGUGAUCCUGACCGUGGCUGGCCUUUCCCGGGCUGUUUGCAUGGCGAAAGCUGAUGAGACUGGAGAACUGUGUGUGUACUUGCAUUAAGUAUAAACGUCUCAAUAGAUCCGUGAGUCUUGA